AUGCCGGUCCCCGUCGCCUCUUCGUCGGUGGCGUUCGAGACGCGCUCAGUCGAGGGCUUCACCGUGCCGGCGUCGUUCGAGCCCGCAUCGAGGCUCACAUUCACCGUCAACCGCACGCGGUACCAGCUGUCGGCGCAGCGCGGCGACGACCUCGACGUGACGCUCCUCGACUUUGUUCGCAGCAAGGGCUUCACGGGCACCAAGCUCGGGUGCGGCGAGGGCGGCUGCGGCGCCUGCACCGUCGUCGUCGGCCGGCGCAAGGCCUCGUCCGACUCCAUCGACCCUGCGGGCCCGGCGCAGUCGUCGGCCCCCUACCGGUACAAGUCGGUGAAUGCGUGCCUGCUGCCGCUGGUGGCGGUGCACGGCUGCCACGUGCUCACCGUCGAGGGCAUCGGCUCGUCGUCGGACCCGCAUCCCAUCCAGGAGCGCAUCGGCAAGAUGUUUGGCUCCCAGUGCGGCUUCUGCACGCCCGGCAUCGUCAUGAGCCUCUACGCCACCGUCCGCAACGGCUACGGCAACCUCAGCGAGGAGGACAUCGAGCACUCGCUCGACGGCUGCCUCUGCCGCUGCACCGGCUACCGCCCCAUCCUCGACGCCGCCAAGACGUUUGCCACGGUAAAAAAGUCGCGCUCCGAGGUCGAGCCGUCUGCGUCGUCGUCGUCUUCGUCGUCCGGCUCCCCUUCCUCUGCGCCAUCGACGCCGGCCAACGGCAACGGCAGCGAUUCUCCAGUCACGACGCCCGAUGAAGACGACGGCGAGCAGGACGACGUCAUGGACCUUGCCAUGCGCCAGGGCUGCCCCAAGGGCGAUGAAUGCUGCCAGGUCAAGGGUGGCGGCGGCGGCGGCGGAUGCGGAGCAAAGGCCGCCGGCGACGAGCACAUCCACACGACGCGCGAGGCUCGGCAGAUGGGGUUCGACCGCACGACGUUCAAGCCCUACGAACCUCGCAGUGAGCCAAUCUUCCCGCCGUACCUGGCCAAAGGCGGCGCGGCCUUCGACGCCCAGGACCUUGUCUUUGUCGAGGAGCUGGCCGAGCCGGACGAGGACGCCUACGAAGGCGACGAGCUCGAGGAGCGGCGCCGUCUCCACGCCGACGCGGUGCGCCAGGUGUGGCUCCGCCCCGGCUCGCUCGAGUCGCUGGUGCGCUGCAUGGCCCUCUAUGCCGAUGCCGGCGCCAAGAUCCGCAGCGGCAACACCGAGACGGGUAUCGAGGUCAAGUUCAAGCACCUGCGCUACAAGGUCUCGAUCUUUGUCUCGGACCACAUCCGCCAGCUGGCCACGUACCGCGCCGACGACGCCGGCCUCUCCGUUGGCGCCAAUCUGCCCCUGACCGACCUGGUGCAAAGGCUGCGCGCCGAGCGCACAGAGGCCGGCAGCUACCGCCGCACUGUCCAGAUGGCCAUCAUGGACAACCUGCGCUACUUUGCCAGCAACCAGAUCCGCAACGUGGCCACGCUCGCCGGCAACAUUGCCACCGCGUCGCCCAUCUCGGACCUCAACCCGAUCUGGGUCGCCGUCGGCGCCACUCUCUACUACAUCGAUCCGGCCGCCGACGGCCCACCGCUCGAGGAGCGCUCGGUCAACAUGCGCGACUUUUUCCUCGGCUACCGCAAGACGGCGCUGCCUCCUGGCGCCAUCCUCACGCGCCUCUUCGUCCCGUGGGCCGAUGGGCUUGGCGGCGACGGCGAUCGACGGACCUGCACGUUCAUCCACGCCUUCAAGCAGUCGAAGCGCAAGGACGACGACAUCGCCAUUGUCAAUGGCUGCCUUCGGAUCUCGAUCGACGCGCGCGACCGCACCAUCACCGACGCCACGCUCGCCUACGGUGGCAUGGGCCCCACGACCAUGCAGAGCAGGGCAACGCAGCAGCUCCUCGUCGGCAAGCGCUUCGCCGACCCGGCCACGCUCGACGAGGCGCUCGACUGCCUCUCGCGCACCGAUUUUCCGCUGUCCUACGGCGUGCCCGGCGGCAUGCCCGUCUACCGCAAGAGCCUCGCCCUCGGCUUCCUCGCGCGUUUCUGGGGCAUCGUCCACAAGGAGCUCGCCCAGCGUCUCGGCGAAGGUGGCGAGGCUGACGCGACGAAGACGGCUACCGCGCCGGCCACCGGCUCUGCCGGACUUGGUCCUUGGACCUCCGCUCGCCUCGAGGAGAUGGCGGCCAGCACUUUGACGCGGCCCGUCACACACGGCUCGCAGGACUUUGAGGACGUGGCGGUCAAGCAGCCGCCCGUUGGAAGCUCGAUGCCCCACCUCUCGGCCAUGAAGCAAGUCACCGGCGAGGCCGUCUACAUUGACGACAUGCCGCCCGUCGCCGAUGAGCUGCACGCAGGCCUCGUCCUUUCGCAGCGCGCGCACGCCCGCCUGGUCUCGGUCGAUGCCAGCGAGGCACUUCGAAUGCCCGGCGUCGUCGACUACAUCACGCGCACCGACAUCCCCGCCGCCGGCUCCAACAUCUGGAACCCCCCGGCGAUGGACGAGGUCUUCUUCGCCGAGGACGAGGUGCACUGCGUCGGCCAGCUGAUCGGCGUCGUCGUGGCCGGCACCAAGAAACAGGCCCAGGCGGCCGCGCGCAAGGUGCGCGUCGAGUACGAGGACCUGCCGCAUAUCCUCACGAUCGACGAGGCCAUUGCCGCCGACAGCUUCUUCCGCCCGCGGCCCGUCAUUCACCGCGGCUGCGACGCCUCGGAGCCCUGGCAGCAGGAGCGCGGCGACGGCGGCGGCGUGCUCGAGGGAGAGACGCGCAUGGGCGGCCAGGAGCACUUCUACCUCGAGACCAACGCGUGCCUGGUGGUGCCUGGCCGCGAGGACUCGGAAGUCGAGGUGUUUAGCUCGACGCAGAACCCGAGCGAGACGCAGAUCUUCUGCGCCUCUAUCCUCGGCGUGCCCAACAACCGCGUCGUGACGCGCACCAAGCGCCUCGGCGGCGGCUUUGGCGGCAAGGAGACGCGCACCAUUGCGCUGGCGGCGCCGCUGACGCUGGCGGCCAAAAAGGUCGGGCGGCCCGUCCGGUGCAUGCUCGACCGCGACGAGGACAUGCUGACGUCGGGCCAGCGCCACCCGUUCCACGCCAAGUGGAAGGUUGCCUUUGCCGCCGACGGCCGGCUCGAGCGGCUCGAGGCGCGCGUCUACAACAACGGCGGCUGGUCGCAGGACCUGUCGCAGGCCAUCCUCGAGCGGGCCAUGUUCCACAUCGACAACUGCUACAACAUUCCGCACCUCCGCGUCGAGGGACGCAUCUGCCGCACCCACACUAUGUCCAACACGGCGUUCCGUGGCUUUGGCGGACCGCAGGGCAUGUUUAUCUGCGAGGACAUCGUCUCCAAGGUGGCGGCCCGCCUCGCUAUGCGGCCCGAGGCGAUCCGCGAGCGCAACCUCUAUGCCGAGGGCGACGCCACCCACUUCGGCCAGAAGCUCGUCGACUGGAACGUGCCGGCGCUCUGGGACCAGGUCAAGCGCCAGGGAGACUACGAGGCUCGCCGUGCUGCCGUCGACCGCUUCAACGCCGAGCACCGCUUCCGCAAGCGCGGCCUGGCGCUCGUGCCGACCAAGUUUGGCAUCUCGUUCACCGCCCUCAUGCUCAACCAGGCCUCGGCGCUGAUCCACGUCUACCACCACGACGGCAGCGUCCUGUUCUCGCACGGCGGCACCGAGAUGGGCCAGGGCCUGCACACCAAGAUGGCCCAGGUCGUGGCCACCGAGCUCGGCAUCGACAUCGGCAUGGUCCACCUCAUGGAGACCAACACGAGCCACGCCGCCAACACGUCGGCCACGGCCGCCUCGGCCUCGUCCGACCUCAACGGUAUGGCGCUCAAGGACGCCUGCGACCAGCUCAACGCCCGCCUCGCCCCCUUCCGCGACGCCGCCGCCGCCGGGCCCGACGGCCUCCGCCCGGACGAGGCCUGGAAGAAGGCGGUGCACGACGCCUACUUUGCGCGCGUCCCGCUGUCGGCCGUGGGCCACUACAAGACGCCCGACAUUGGCUACAACUGGGCCACGGGCACCGGCCGCCCCUUUUUUCUACUUUACCCAGGGCGCCGCCAUCUCCGAGGUCGAGGUCGACGUCGUCACGGGCGACUGCAAGAUCUCGCGCGCCGACAUCCACAUGGACAUUGGACGCUCCAUCAACCCGUCGAUCGACGUGGGCCAGAUUGA